CAUACGUUCAAGAGACAACUGCCCUUUUGACAUGGGCAAGAGGCUUUCAUGGAGGAUCUAAUCAAACUGUUAAAAUUGAAACCAGUCGUGAUAGGACAAGUUGGACGAUGACACUUUCACUACCUCAGGGGACGCUGGAGGACACUUUGCCAGUAAACACGACAAUAACUGAACUUGCCCCAGGCACUCUGUAUUAUCUCAGGAUGUUUUCUGUCAAUGAGGACGGCACAAGCUCAAAAACGGGAUUGUUGAACUUUACAACUAAAGGUUAGAUACUAGUUAGAUAUCAAUGUAUGGCAUGGCAAUUGUGUAAUUGCUUUAGUUUGGAUUGACGUUAAUUGAUAGAUUGUGUAUGCACGAAGCUCACACGAAUACACACAUUGGGAUAGCAAAUUACAGUAUGUCGAUCUGAAGUUCAGAUUACUUUCACAAAAUUGUUUCCGUUCAAUAAUUAUAGCUAAGUGUAACAAAUCGUAAUAACACUUAUGAUGUAUCAAGUUGAAAUGGAAACGUACAAGUAGAUUGCUUGUCGAAUAAAUGAGUAAUACAAUCAAGGUCACUGAUACUUUAAAUAGAAACAACCGAUUUAUUUUCGAUCGAUUAGGAAUGAAGCAAAAUGAUAUAAUUUAAUUUGUUACAAAUAAAUAUGGAAACGUACAUUGCUGUUGAAUUGAUUGUCAAGGCCAAGGACAAUGUUGUUGAAAAUGAAACAAACGUUUUCCGCUAUAUAACAACAUUAAUGAGUAACGUGUAGUGAUGAACUUGAUACGUAGCAAGCUUAUCUGGAAACGUACCUUUCGAUUGUAUUUGGGGUAUGUUGGGUCUAGCAGUCUGUAUUUUUUAUUUCUAAAAGCUUAUCAUUGAAAUUGUUUUGUCACAUUGGUGCAUGUCUAGUUUAUUUCACAAUUUCAGUAAAUGAAUGUUAACAGUCAUAUCAAAUAGUGUUAUGUUUAAUAUCCCUGUCGCAUCGCAAUGCAUAGACUGCAACAGGGAUAAAAACAUAACAGUUGGUGACCGUUAGAGGUAACAGAACAACUUUGUGAAAAUGACCGAAGUAUUUGAUCCGACUGUUUCAAUCAUUGAUGCAUAAAAGUAAAUAAAUGUUCUAAGUGGGAUUUUUCAGUUGCUGGUUUUUGUAUAACGUAUAUGAAUAAUCAAUUGGAAUUAACAUUUGUAUGAUCUGACUGUUUAAAUCCUAGAUAUAUAAAUGUACAACAGGGUUCCUAGUUUUAUCAGCUGGUUGUUACUGUAAAUUGUAUAUGUAUUUUCAAUGCAACAAUUUGAAAUUAUUCCAAAAACCGAACUUAUUAUUAUAUAUGUUGCGAUAUAAUAUGCAUGCACACAAUUACAAUAGACACAUUCAUUUGAAUAUAUUUAAAAGUCACAAAUACUACUCUGGAAAUAUAUAAUAACAUAUCAUGAUAAUCUCUUAAAAUGUAAUGUGCUUUAAUAAUCAAAUCGACAUCACUGUAACAGUUCGGUUUUUGUAUUCAUGACAUGUAGCUUAAAUAAACAAAAAGUAUAAUAGUCCAAUGUAAACUAUAGAGGCAAGCCACAUAUAUAUGCGCUUAUACAUAGGCUACUUUACAUAUAAACAUAUUUGUACCGUAUUUUUGCAAUUAACUGGUUAAUAGGGAGGCGUUGUACUCACGAUGUCAUUGACAAAAUAAAUCAAAACAAACGGCAAAUUGAUUAGGCAGUAUAUAUAUUGUGUACACUGUACAUGGAUUUUGAAACCAUUAUAAAAAUGGUAGCCGCAAACUUGUUUAUUCAGUUAUAACUGAAAGUAUUGUUGAACAACUCCUGACAUAGAGUUAAUAAAUACCAUUCACACGCCCUUACUUAACUUUAAUUUAUUUUGCACGAGAAUAUAAUAAAGGGAGAUAGAUAUUUGCUAUAUUUUGAACAACAAUAUUUGAUAAAUUAAAAGGUUUUGUGACGGUUCUCUCAAAUCAAACAAUUAACAUUAGAUAUACAUCAUGUUAUAAGGAAUAGAGUCUCAUCUUCUGUGAGUUAUGCUAAUCAUGAUCAUUACGUUUGGUGACAACAAUAGCGUUAUAAUAACUGUUUUAAUAUUCACAUUUUUGAUAUUAUUUUCAACUAGUUAUUGCCAUUAUGUUUACGCUAAUAAUCCUUCGUUUGUUCUUCACGGUGGAGUUAUGCAUGUAACGGAUGUGUCGGAUGACAAGGCGUCUGAAGCAAUAUUGAUCGGGGAGGUAACUGGGUCUGUUUUAUCGAUGGUCGCCAUUGCCGCGAUAAUCAUUGGUGUUGUUGUGUGCAAGAAGUAUCAGCUCGUCAUAUUGUGCAUAGAAAGGAAAGGCGACGACAAUUCCGGACAUGAGGAUAGGACGGGUACUGAAAGCCCAGAACAUCACGGACUUUCUAUUUACGAGUCAGUUGACCCUAAAGGUGAAGAAGCCACGUAUUCAGAGUUAGACCGAAAUCAGGCGCGGACGGCCACUGAAAGUCCAGAACAUAUCGGACUUCCUAUUUACGAGUCACUUAAGUCUAAAGCUAAAGACGCCACGUAUUCAGAUUUAGCCCGAGAUCAGGCGCGAAUUACACCUUAUUGCACACAUUCGAAGCAAGUGGAGGGUGUUCUGCGAACUUAUAUGAACGUUGACGUUUAGAAUUCACCAACUGCACAUAAUACACACACGUACAAGAACAUCGUGUUUGCAGGAGUGCUUUGACGUAAUUUCCAAUUAAGGAAACGGACAAUUCAUUUUGUGACAAUAAAUCAUGUUUAUGUAUGUUGUAAUCAAAGUGCUAGGCAAAAUAUCGUUAAAGUAAUAAUCAUGUUAAAAUUAACAUUCAUUUUCGAGAUUUUUUAUAUGUAUUAAAUAAUUAAGGCGCGUUAUGUAGAACUUAAGUACUUACCAAAUACCCCUGUUAUUUUUUUAAGCUUUAUAGUAUGGAGUUCGAUAUAACAUUUUGAAAAUAUAAGUGAACCCAGCCGACAUAGAAUAUUUAAUAUUGACUGUUGACUUGUCUCAAAACACAUUUAACAUCGAGAAAUGAAUGUUCAGCUGUCUCGGCGAACGACAUUUGACAUUUUGUAGAUAUAACAAUAACGUUGCAUAUUAAGAAAAUAAUAUACUGAAUUGCUCGUCGAACAAUUUGGAUUAUUAAGCUGGCUGGACAAACCACAGUCGACAUUCUGUAAAAUUAAAACUGAUUUAUCAAGACGAAAUUCAGCAUUCAGAAAAUUGGAAAUAAAAGUUGACAUGAAA